AUGAGCGCCGACAAGGACCCUCUCUCGAAAACGCAACCACUACUCAAACGGCUUAAGGAUGAGACAUUCGAGCACAAAGCCUAUGGCAACCUCUCUUCCAAGGUCCAGGGUGAACGCAAACGACAAGUCAAGAAUCUCGAGAGAGUGACAGGCGGCGGACCGUUUGCAUGGAUUCCACAGGAGUACCUAGCCAAGGUCAACGUUCAGGAUCCCUUGGAAAACAGUUCUAAUCUGCUCGAUCUCGUACUGGACAUCUACGAUGCCAUGCUUCGAGAGAAAGAAGCGACAUCAGCACCACAGGCCGCCAGGCCACGAGCGAUCAAGCCACAAGGACUUGGUCGCACAGCAAGCUCAGCGGCUCCCAACGCAAAGGCUCCAACAACGUACACUGUCUCUCCCAACGGCCGCCAUAUCGAUAUUACCACCCCACCAGGGUCACCUCCACCGGCAGCGAAACCAGCUCAGCCAGUUUCCAAGUCAAGGGCGCCUACAGCUGCAACUCCACAAUCAACACCAGCACAGCCUCGACCUGUUCCUGUCCUUCCUCAGGCCGUAAAACUUGGAGGUGAAACAAGCAAGAAGAAGCGGAAAGCACCAGAGAUUGAGGACGUGGAGGAGACGGAUGGGGCCAAGAUUGACAGAGAGUUUCGGGAGGAGGUCGCUGCCGCGAUGGUGAAUAGAGACGAGAAGAGACGGAAGCUGGGCGAACAGUGA